UUAUACAUAUCGAUAGAAAGGGGCUUUAUCAUCUUCUCACUGUCACCCGGUGAAGACUCCAGUAAAAAGCUUUGAUAGAAAACGUGGAAAAAUGGAGAUGUUAAAUCUAUCAAUAUCUUCAACACGCGCCCUCCAAAACCCUAAACCCCCUUUCACGUUAGCCCCUCAAAUCUCUGCUCCAUCUACAAUCAAAUUCAUAAACCCUACCUCAAGAAAACUCAAUCUCAAGUGCCAAUACUCCGACCAACAACAAAGGCCUGAUGUCUCUCAACCUAGACAAGAGACUCCCAAGGUUUUCAUUGGGCAUUCCAUAUACAAAGGAAAGGCUGCUCUUACAGUUGAACCUCGCCCACCUGAGUUCGCCCCUUUAGAUUCGGGUGCGUUUAAGCUGACAAAGGAGGGUUUUGUGUUGCUUCAAUUUGCACCCGCUGCUGGUGUUCGUCAAUAUGACUGGAGCAGAAAACAGGUAUUCUCAUUAUCAGUUACUGAAAUCGGAAAUCUUAUCAGCCUUGGUGCAAGGGAUUCAUGUGAAUUCUUUCAUGACCCUUUUAAAGGAAAAAGCGAUGAAGGUAGGGUGAGGAAGGUUUUGAAAGUGGAGCCUCUCCCAGAUGGAUCUGGCCACUUCUUUAAUCUCAGUGUUCAGAACAAGCUUAUAAACAUGGAUGAGAGCAUUUAUAUUCCCGUUACCAAGGCAGAAUUCGCAAUUCUCGUAUCAGCUUUCAAUUUUGCUGUACCAUAUCUUUUGGGUUGGCAUACUUUUGCAAAUUCUAUCAGACCGGAAGAUAUAACACGUUCGAACAAUGCUAAUUCACGAUCUGGUGCUGAUUUGGAAUGGAACAGAUAGUCGUUGCUUUUUGGAGUACGUGUUUUAAAGACGGUUUACGGGUUUGUUAUGCUUUCAAAUCUUUAGCUUUUGUUCAGCCGAACUUUUUAAAAUCUUUGUGUAAGAUGGUCAUGUAUCUUUUGGCGUAUU